AUGGUGAUCACAAGUGUGACGCCACUAAUUGGAAUAUUUUUUUUUAUAUGUCUAACGAAUGGGUGUCAAUGUGUUAUUUAUUCUGAUACUCAAAAAUUAGAUAAAGAAUGUACUUAUAGUGGAGAUGGAUGUGAUUAUAUAUUAUAUGGAGAUUGGGAAACAAAGUUUCAAGGGAAUAAUGUUCUUUCAUUUGGUAAAUUAUUUAUUUAUUCAAGUGUAACAUUAACAUCACAAUACCUUAUGAUUUUUACAUCAGUUGAACUUAAUUCGAAUGUUUUAUUAACAGUAAAUGGAAAUAUACAAAUUGAAAGUACAAUAACAAUUAAUAAAGGAGCAAAAAUUAUUGCGAAUGGACAGUGGCAUAUACUUGGUUCAAUGAUUAUUUAUCCAAAUAAUGACAAUGUUCCAUUAUUCGAAGGAUGGAAAUGUAAUAGUUUACAACUAGAUAAAAAAAAGUUUAAUAUUAUUGUUCCAACUUCAUUUAAUGGAUGUAUUGAUAUAUUUUCAUUAAUAGAUUCAUCUAUAUUAAAUACUGAUUCUAGUUCAAAUAAUUAUUUAUCAACUGAUUUUCCUAUUCUUGACAAUACCAUUCAAUUAGUUAGUAAUCAACGUCUUAUUCGAUAUUGUUCUUCUUCGAUUUCAUUUGAUUAUUCAGUGAAAUGUCAUAUGAAUGGAACAAUAUAUAAAUCAUCAUUGUCUUUAUCAGAUUAUUCGUAUCCUUUUACUUUUCCUCAUUGCCCAUGUGAAGAAUUAAAUAAAGAGUGUUCUUUAAUAAUAGAUGUUGAUUAUGUUGACUUUCAAUUAAUGAAUUUACCAAAUACAAAUAUUUAUUCAUCACAUUCUUUAAUUAUUCUUUCAUUAAUAAAAAUUAGAGAGCUAUACUUCUAUUGUAUUAAAUGUUCUAUUAAAAUUCAAAUAAUUAAAGAAUGUAAUUUUAUUCUAUUUGGUAAUGGAAUACAAUUAUUUGAUGUACAUUCUUCAAAUUUUUUUAGUAUUCAAUUUACUUACAACUAUACUUCAUUCAUUAAUACAUUAAGUAUUGAUAGUUUUUUUAAAGGUGGACAAGCAAAACUUACUAUUUCUGAUAAUGCAGUUGUUGAGUCAAUCCUCUCUUUAAAGAAUAUUAAUUUGACAAUUGAGUCAUUAAAAGAAGUUGUUGUUUUAAUAAAAUCAAUAAAUUCAUCAAUUAAAUCAAUAUCUGGAAAAUAUGUUCUUAUUACAAACACUCCUAUGAUUAUUAAUCAAAACCAAUCAACAAAUAACUGUUAUGUCAUUGAAUGUGUCAAUGAAAUUUGUUAUUGUCUUGUUUGUUUUGAAAAAUAUAAAAUAGUGAACAAAAUAUGUAUUAAAGAUGAUGAUAUUCCUUCAGGUUUUGAUUUAAUUCAAAGUAUUUAUUCUAAUUGUAUUUGGGAUCUUUUUAAUAUAAAAACAAAUGAAAGAAUUUGUAUAUUAUGUGAAUCUGGAUAUAUUCUUUAUGAAGGAAAUUGUUUAAUAGAAUCAGAUUGUUUAGUUGCUAUUGUUAAUAGAUGUGUUCAAUGUUCUUUUGGGUAUUUAAAUCCAUCAUUUAAAUGUCAAGGAUGUAGUGAUAAUAAUUGUGAGUUUUGUACAAAUACAAAAUGUUUAGAAUGUUCAUUUCAUUCUUAUAUUAAUCAAGAAGACUGUGUUUUUGAUUCAAAUAAACAAAAUAAAUUUGAAUGUAAAGAUGGCUAUUAUUUAUCAUUUAAUAAAUGUAUUUCUUGUUUAUCUUUUGAUUCUCAUUGUAUUUUAUGUGAGAAAGGGAGAUGUAAAAGAUGUGAAAAUGGAUAUUUCAUUAGUGAUGGAAAAUGUGUAUUAGAACAAAACUGUAAUAUAAUACAAAAUGGUAUAUGUCAAGGAUGUAGUGAAAAUAAAGUACUUGAUAUUAAUCAUCGUUGUGUUGAACCAAUUGAUAAUUGUGUUUUAUAUAAUGGAAAUGAAUGUAUUAAAUGUGAAGAUUUAAUGUAUUUUGAUGGAAUUUCAUGUAAUUUUAGAGAUAGGUAUUGUCAAAAAUAUUAUCAAGGAAUGCCAUGUAGAAGAUGUAAAGAUAAAUAUUAUCUGACAAAACAAAAUAUGUGUAGUGUUUGUGAAAAUUGUCAAACAUGUUCAUCAGAAAAUUAUUGUUUAACAUGUAAUUCUACUUCAUUUUUAUCCAACCACAAAUGUAAAUCAAAUAAUGAAUUAAUUGGAAAAUGUAGUAUUUUUACUCCUACAGGUGGAUGUUCAUUAUGUAAAGAUGGUUAUUUUUUAAAUGAAUUUGAUUGUAUCAAAUGUCCUAUUGAAUGUAAAACAUGUUUUUAUGAACAUUGUUUGACAUGUGCUGAUGAUUGUUAUCAACAUUAUAAUGGAAGUUGUUUACCAAAAAAUACACUACAAGGAUGUGCAGUAGAAAUUACUCAAUUUGGUUGUACACAAUGUAAAGAUGGAUUUUUUCAUGACAUUAAUAUAUGCAAACAAUGUAAUAAAACAUGUCGUACUUGUAACGAAUAUAAUGAAUGUACUUCCUGUAAUGAAGAGUUAGUAUUUAGCAGAUCAAGAUGUAUUUCAUUAGAGGGAAUUAAUCAUUGUAAAAUUAUUCUUCAAAUCAAAAUGUCAAAAAUGUAG